GCGGCGGCGCGUAGGGAGGCGGGGAGCAGACGGGUGGCGGUGCGCAGGGAGGAGCUGAGGGAUCGGCAGGCGUGGGCACGUGAGGAGGGAGGAGAGGGGUGACGAGCGGCGCGCAGGAAGAAGGGAGGAGGGGGCCGUCAGUUCAGCUCACGUAUCUCCCCCCGAUCACGAGCGGUUCAGCUCCUCCCCCGCCGGCUCAUCGCCCGGGCCACGUCCUUCGCCGACCCCUCGCGCCUCUCUCCCCUCUCUCGCGAGCGCAGAAGCCUCUGGGAUCUGCCUCUUCACAUCCCGCGUGUUACCUAGCGCAUCCCCGACGCACUCGUGGAUCCAUCGACCUCCUCGGCCCUGCCUCCACACGCUCGAUGGCUCCCCUGCGGGAGGAGUUCAUGCCCAUUUAGCAUGAGAAAUCUCUUUCCUACUCGACCCACACCACACUGCUGCCAUCGAAUCGGAUCCGCGGGAGGAGUCUUGGGCCACUCACUCCACUCACCAGCCCAGAGAUCUUUUCAUCCCUGCCUCUCCUUCGCUUUGCUGCUGCCAACGACGUCAGGAACAUCUGUCGCGUCCGAUUCGAUCCCAACCGAGGGUCCCCCCGGCGGCUAUCCAUGGUAGAGGCGCACAGCUCAUCCGAAGAUGCGCCCAAUCCAUCUGCUCCAGAACAGAGAGUAUGGGGAGAAUCUCAUGGGGCUGCUGCACCACACGGGGUCAAACAAGAUUGUAGUGCUCUGCCAUGGCUUGGGCUUCCAAGAGAGAGCGAUGGUAAAUUCCAGUAUGGUAUGUACAGGAAGGAGGCUGAUGACCUGCAUUCUCUUGUUUCAUAUCUUUACUGGAAGUAUGACGUAGCAGCACUUGUUGGUCACAACAAAUAUGGGUUCAAUCAUAGAUUCAAUUGGCUAUGGUUGUGAGGUGUGUUUUAUGCCAUAUUAUUGAAUGACAAUGUAUGAUUUUUUUGGCUCGCUUUACUGGAUCCAUAAUUCCAAAUUGUUCAGUGUUACAGUUCAAUGGUUUACCUUCAUUUACAUAGCAUAAUGGUGUUCAGAUAGUGCAAUGCUGUAGCAAUUUUGACAGACAUUUGUUGGCUUGCACACAUUAUUGACCAUUCAUAAUCUUGAGUGAUAUAGUAGUUUCAUAAUCUUGUACGCAUUACUUGCCAACAAUUUUGACAGAAAUAGCAUACUAUAAUUGUAGAACUGUAGAUCAAUUAAUAGACUCAUCUUUCAUGUGACUUCUGCGUUCUCCUGUUGCUAAUCUUUUCAAGCACUGCAUCAGAUUCACAUGGCAAUAGUGAACAUGCAUGGUAGACUAUAGCUAAUCCUAGAAAAAACUCAACCGACUGCUUUUCAUGCCUGAUUUUACUCCUAUUCCUAUGCUAAUUGGAAAUUGACGAAGACUAGUAUCGGUAACCUGUUUUCCAUAUAUGAAAAAGCUUAUAAAUGUUACUUCUCUUUUUUCUUCUUCAAAGCUAUGGUAUAAGAAGUUGGCAAUUGAUGAACACUAACCACUUCAUCUUAUAGACUGAUGCAACCCAAUUGCCCUGCUUACGAGGUAUAGUGUCUAAAGCUUUAGUAGAUAAGAAAUCAUUUUAUCUUCCCGUUAUAUUGUAAGAUAAUAAAUAAAUUAUUAAUAGAUGCAGCCAUAUGAGAAACCUUGAAAAUUGUAAAUCCUUCUCAUUAGUUGUAGCUAAUGUUGCAGUAGGUGAAACCAAAUUCCAUUUUUUUUUCUCAGCAGUUGGGGUAUUUCUCCUUUCAGCAAAAAAAGAAUAAUUAUGAAGUGUAAAGGAAUCUAAGAUUGAAAAACAAAAGAUUUUCCUUCUUUUCAGUAUCAUACAUGACUAGAUUGUUUCUUAGUUCAAAACAUGCAUGGCAGUUUUGUUGGAUAUAUUACUAGAUGAUUUGACAUUUUCUGCUAAUUGAAGGCAGGGAUAUGCAAGCUGCAGCUGAUUGAUACAUGGCAUACCAGUGAAGGAUGAUUGAUUCCUUCAGUAUUAUCAUUGUGUGUGUCUUUUGAUAUAUAAACUUGUUGUUGAUCCAUCAGUAAAUUUUUAGAUAGUCCUGAUUUGGUUCACCAGUAAAUAAGCUUUCUAUGUAUCAAGUUAUAUUA